AUGGUGUACAUUGAAAGAAUUGAACUAAGGGGAGUAACACCCAAAUCAGACAAACCAACAGAAUACAUCUUGGAGGCCUUGUGGUCCGACUCCUCUUUGUCGACUGUCAGCAAAACCCUCCUGGAAGUUGUGGAGUUUAUCUCUCAGCUAUCUCAGCUCUUUCCUGAUGAAUGUCUAGAGAAACUUCUGCCCCAAAUGCCUGGACUUGAUUCCACUCAUGAACUAGAUCCUCGAUGCUUGACCUCUCUUCCACCUCAUGUUCUUAAACAUGACAAAGUCUGUUUCUUCUUCAGCACUUUGUCUGAACCUCAGCUCCCUACCAGCACAAAUCUGGGCUGUCUGCUUCAGUACAGGGGAGCGAGCAGGCCCAUUUGUGGUGUCGCCAGCAUCCAGCCUGUCCUAAGUGUCCAUGCGCCCCUCCCACAGAGCUCCCCUGCCCACCUGCCCCCUCUCCCUCCCCAGACAGCGAUGGCCAUCCUCCCCGGCACUGCCGUACCCAUGGGGGAGUCCAGCCCACCACAAACACACCUCACAAACCCCGCACCCCAACCCCAAGCCCAGUCCCAGCAGCCCAGCCCGGAGCAGAAUGGCAUCCUGGACUGGCUUCGUAAACUACGGUUGCAUAAAUACUACCCCGUCUUCAAACAACUAACCAUGGAGGAGUUCCUCGCUCUCACAGAAGAGGAUCUGAACAAGUACGACCUCACUCAGGGGGCCAAGAAGAAACUCAAGACUCAGCUGGAGCUUCAGAAAGAGAAGCUGGAGAAGAGAUACAUGGUCUCUCAGUUUCCAGUUUCCUGUAGUGGGGUUGCCAGAGUGACCCCUUCCAGUCAUAUCGGACCCCUGACGCACGCACACACUGGAAGUGAGCUACGGGUAGACGUCGAGAACAGCUCGGUGCCCAUUCCACGGGACAGCAGUUCCUCCUCAGGCUAUUCCAGUGCUCCUUCCAGUCCAAUGACCCCUUUAUCACGUGACACUUCUUUUGACCGGGUCAAAGACCUUCACAGACGUUUCGAGUCUGGUUUGGAUCCUGGUGAGAAAGAGCGGUCAUGCUUUCUCGUCAAUCCUGCGGUAACCACCGGUCCCAGCCGUCCCACUGCCCAAGUCCUCCCAGUCCAGAACGAUCCCUCCCUCUGUCCCUCCCAAAUGAAUUUGCCCCCUCCAUCCUUGCCUCUCCUCUCCCCAGGCCGCGUUAUCAACUCUCCCCGUAAACUUCGUCCACCCACUCUCUGUUCAGAAGAACGUCCCAAACCGAUGGGGUCUGGGGUCACCAUGGGUGUCCGGCUUGAGAACAUCUUCCCUGGGUUGAAUCUUGACAGUUCUCCGAGGCACCAGGAUGUGUCAAGCCCCCGUGGGCCUCUCACAGUGCUUCGCUCCCCUCCAGGUCUCAUGGUGGAGACCAGCACUGCUCUCACCUCCACAUCUAACACCCUCCAUCAUGCUUCCCACCCACCCUUACAUUUGCAAGUGUCGUUUUCUGUUCCACGCACAGGGUCGUACCCUUUCUCCACCCCGUCCUCCUGCCCCUCAUCGAGUUCCUCCACCAGACCCACCUUCUCAACUGUCAGUGGAGUUCCAAUAGCAACAGCCAGCAACGUUCCCAUGGCGGCAGUUCCCGGGAACACAUACUGCGUUAACAGUACACCCACAGUCACACCCAGUUCUAGCCCAGCAUCCACAGAGAAUAGCGGCUAUGCCUCAGUACAAGCAAACAGCGCUAACUCCAGUUCCUCAUUGUGCGUUUGUAGCUCUUGUGGUUGUAGCGGCAACUGUGGCUCGUACGGGGCACUUCCGGCUAGUUACGCCGGAUAUUUUCCACAUCCGUUUUCAGGAACUUCAGUAUUCACAUUAGGGCCUUUGCUUCAUUUCAGCCCCCUCCUUACAGGAAGUGGUCCCGCCUCUCCCUUUUCCCACCCCCUCGUGGCCCCACCUAUUUACAACAGCAGUCUAUCACAUGACUCACAACAAAAUCUUGUGCUUCCACCAGUGCAGGGUUUUCUAGGGGGAGGGGGUGGUGUGUACCAGCCCCAUGGAAUGAUGGGAAAUGGAAGUACUGGGCAUAAGAAAACAGGGAAUGUGUCCUGCUAUAACUGUGGGCUGAGUGGGCAUCGAGCACAAGACUGCAAGCAGCCAGCAAUGGACUCUGCACAACAAGGGACUUUUCGUCUGAAAUAUUCCCCACAGUCAGACAACCAGGACUCAGGGGAAUAAAUGGUGUGAAUGAACUGGUCUGGACCUGCAACUUCCUCAGUGUGUAAAGACACUUGAUGUGAGACUCCGCUGAGCAAAGGCAUUACAGUUUCUCUUUAGAGGAGAAUCAAGUAAUGAAGUUCAAUCAGUUAUGGCUUCCAAUGAAAGCCUUGUGCCAAAGAAUUACUUCACGGUGGAUCUUCGUAAAGGGAAGUUCAAAAAGAAUUCACUCUUUUUGUGUUCUUCACGCUGUUCUUCUCACUUGAGACUCGCUUGAGCACUGUGGAGCAGCCAAUAGUGUAUCAGAUCAUGCUGCACAUGUCAUUCUUGGAAGCAAAAUUCUUGGAGAUUUUGCUCGCCAAAUAAUGUGCAAUGAUGGCCAUGUCUUUUUGCUCAUGGUGUGACUAUAAGUCAUCUUUUGUGAAUAAGAUAGUGGCAAUCUUUUUUUCUGGAUGUUCGCAAAGGAAGGAGAAACUGACAGUUGUGAAAGCGAAAAGUUUUCAAUCUCAAGAAGUGCGUUUUUAGCUUUUUGACUACAGGAAGUCUUCUUAAUCAUCAUGUGUUAUUCCUGUUUGUUGUAAUCAUGGCGUAUUUGUUAAUAUCUGGGUUUUAGAAAACACGUUUUCUAUUUUCAAAUGGUAUUUUUUUUGUUAUAUUCUCUUUGUUAUAGAAGGUGCCAUCAAGUGGCACUCAGAUUAAAUGUUUAUACAUUCAAUGCACUUGAGGCCGCUAAAGCUUUUUUUUUAUUCUUGAAACUGUUUUGAAAAAUGGAACUGAACUCAAGAGGAAACCGUUUUCAGUAAGGCACACUACAAAGGUCAAAAAGUGGGCUUUUCCCAUGUUGUUUCUCAAUAACAUUAGCCUAAAAAUGUUCCAGUGUGUUGAAAAAAGUCAAGACUUUCACCAUUAGGCACAUUUAGCCAAUAGAUGCCAUUCCGUUGUCUUUGCCAAACAUUUUUGAUGUUUCAAAGGAAAUGGUGAUAUUUCUGUUUAUAAAUUACAAAGAUCUUGAGUCACUGGCUAUGCAUGUCGCCUGAUUUACUUUGUGCUGCUUCUAUUAUGUCUAGUAUUAUCGCAGGAAAGCUUUAUGUCUAAAAUGACAAUGCUGACGCAGCCCUUUUGUAUUCGGAGGUGAAUGUUAAAUGAAGUUUGAUUGUUGAAUUUUUGUAUAAUGUAUCACUUUGACACUUUAAAAAAGAAUUAAAAAUGUUUUUGAG